AGGACCAGUAUGCAAUUAGAGAGGUAGUGCGCGGGCGUGGCUGCACGAACGCGUGACACAAAUUGGGCAAAAUCUUUUUCCCCUUCCUGGGCUCCUGGCGUCGCCAACUCCACUUGUCGGAUCUUGCCCGUAUGGUAUGGAGCUCGCCGGAGCUGCGUCCCCUCGCCCGCCGCCGGAAUCCCACGUGGCGACGCCCCGCCCACCUCCGCAGCCGCCGGAAAAGGAUGUAUGUGAAGAUAGAGAGGACAUGAGGGUCACCGGGGAGAAGCCAUGCACACAUCAGGAAUUAGAUGUUGACCAGACAAAUAGUUCUUCUAGCUUUAACAAUUCCAGUGAGUGUGAGAAUCUGGCACCCAGCAAUGACGAAAUAUCCGGAUCAGAGUCCAAUUUGGAGAUAGCCAAGACGGAGGGUGAUGUACCGAGUGGAGAGAAGGUUCUGAAGAAGCCAGACAAAAUCCUGCCAUGCCCUCGUUGCAAUAGCAUGGAUACAAAGUUCUGUUACUAUAACAACUACAACAUUAAGCAACCAAGGCAUUUUUGCAAGAGUUGUCAGAGGUACUGGACUGCAGGUGGAAGCAUGAGAAAUAUCCCUGUCGGUGCAGGAAGGCGCAAGAGCAAGAGCUCCAGUGCGAAUUGCCGCAGCAUAUUGAUUCCAGGCAGCAGUGUAGCUACUCCUGGGGGAGAGGCUUCCCUUUUUCCAUUGUCCAUAAAUGGAAAUCAAGCGGCAGUUAGCUUCGGGCCUGAUUCCCCUCUCUGCAACUCUAUGGCCUCUGUGCUGAAGAUUGGAGGAGAGCAGAUUAAGAGUUCGAACCCUGCCUCAGCAGCACAGCCCAGAAAUGGAGAAAACCAGAUGUGCCCACCUUGUACUACAUCAUCAGAUGGUCCAAGGAAUGAAUCACAAAAGGAAACAGCGAAUGCACAUCAAAAUGGAAUCAUUGGGCAAAGCAAUGGAGUCACUUCUGUGCAUCCUAUACCAUUCUUUCCUGGUCCGCCUUUUGUGUACCCAUGGAGUCCAGCAUGGAAUGGCAUUCCCACCAUGGCAGCAGCUGUGUGCCCAGCUCCAGCCGAAGCAGCAAAUUCUUCAGAAAAUUGCACCACAAGCAGUAAUGUUCAAUGGAAUGUGCCACCAAUUGUCCCUGUACUGCCACCGGGAUUCUGCGGUCCGAUUCCAGUUCCUGUAAUGCCGCCUUCGGUUUGGCCAUUCAUUACUCCUUGGCCUAACGGAGCAUGGAACGCACCAUGGCUUGGACCUAGCUCUACUGUGCCAUCAUCGUCUCCAACAAGCAGCAGCACAUGUUCCGAAAGCGGCUCUCCUGUCCUAGGAAAGCACUCUAGGGACUCCAAACCUCAAGGAGAUGAGAAGGCAGAAAGAUGCUUAUGGAUCCCCAAAACGCUUCGGAUUGAUGACCCUGUCGAAGCUGCAAAGAGCUCAAUCUGGACCACUCUUGGGAUCGAGCCUGGUGAUCGAGGCAUGUUCAGACCAUUCCAGUCGAAACCUGAAAGGCAGGAACAGAUAUCCGGCGCCGCUCGAGCCCUGCAAGCAAAUCCAGCAGCUCUGUCACGCUCGCGAUCUUUUCAGGAGACAACAUGAUAGAGUAUUACUGAACUUGUGUGAUAUUAUUCAAAGACGAUGCUAUAUUAAGAAAAAAGAAAAGCUCUAUAUUCUGUACAAUGAUUGGCAACGUAGGUGCUGCUGCUGUCCAAGGCAGCAGGCACCCUUACUGUACCAUUGGAAGAGUACAUCCUCAAAUUUUCUGUUGUUUCCUUGUAGAGCAUGCACCAACAUAUUGGGUUCAUGAUCAGGUUUCCAGCGUGUGCUUGGUUGUACAAGAAUAAUUGUUAAUAGCUUCCCUUGAGUCAUUGUAUUACGCUGAUCAUUCAGCUAUGGCAUACCCCUGUUUACUACACGCUGUUCACCCUCCCUGACGAGAGGAUUCAGUCUGAAGAAAUGAUUAGCAGUUAUGCACUUGAUGUGUAAAA